CCUCAAGGGAUGCAUCUCGUUCCAGCUAUAUCCCCGCGUGGCACGUGGAAAGGCCACUCCAGUGCUGGGAGGCUGGCAAAAUCUCCUCCACAGGGUUUCGAGAAGAGCAUCUCCGCAUUCUCUCCUUCCCUUUCGUAUGUUCCCUGCGUCGCCCUUAAACAUGAUGCAUUUCCCUGGUUUUUAGAGUCCUUUUGGUCCAUUUGGCUGCCUGACAUUCACUACUACUAACAUCCCACUACUCGUGUGCGGGCGUGAGCCUCGCCACUCUCGAGGCUCACGAUGGCGACUGAGGAGCCGAUCCCGAAUCGGGGCCCCAUACUCCUUGCCGUGAACAUUGCAUUCCUGUCCGCUGCCGUGGUUUCGAAUGCACUGCGAUGCUAUGUGCGGAUACGAAUGGUCAGAGGCUUCGGAGUGGACGACUGGCUCAUGGCGGCCGCAACAGCAGCUCUUACCUGCUACUGCACCUUCUCCAUGUCCGGCGUCGUCUACGGCAGCGGCCACCACCACCGCGACCUCAAGCCCGAGAACAUCGAACGCGCCAUGAAUUACUGGUGGCUCUGCAUGCUCUUUUACGCCGUCUCCAUGGUCCUAUCCAAGCUCUCCAUCGGCUGGUUCCUCCUGCGCAUCGCCGUCAAGCGCGCCCACGCCUGGGCCAUCUACUUCUCCAUGCUCAUCUCCGUCGUCGUCGGCGUCAUCUUCUUCUUCGUCACCCUCUUCCAGUGCAGCCCCAUCCCCUACUUCUGGCGCAGGUACACCCUGACGGGCAAGUGCAUGAGUAUCGAAGUCAUCGUCGCGCUGGGCUAUUUGUACAGCGCUUUCAGCAUCAUUUCGGACUUUACGUUUGCCAUUCUGCCCGUCUUCCUGGUGUGGAAUCUGCAGUUGAACACGAAGACGAAGUGGGCGCUGAUCCCGCUGCUCACCAUGGGCUGCAUAGCAAGCUCCGCCGUUGUCGCCCGCGUCCCCUACAUGGGCAACUUCCGCCACGAAGACGACUUCCUCUGGGCCACGACCGACAUCGCCAUCUGGUCGACCGUCGAGCAAGGCCUGGCCAUCACGGCGGGCAGCCUCGCCACCCUGCGCCCGCUCUUCACGCUCAUCCUCGCGCGCCUCGGCCUCUCCACGGGUCCCUCGAAACUCACCUCUGGUGGUGCGCGCCCGUCGCAUUACGGCCAUGCGUCGCGGGGUUCGGCGCAUGUGCUCGGCGGCGGUGGUGGCAGUAGGAAGACGCGCAUGAGCAAGGAGCUGCUGGAUCAGCAGUAUGGGUUGAGGAGUUUGACGGAGACGACGUGUACGAAGGGGGCGGUCCUGGUGGGGAAGAAGAACGCGGAUGUCAGUAAUGUUAACAGGAUCGCAGGAGGCGGCAGGGGCGAUGGCGAGAGCGAGAAGAGUCUAAAGGGGAGUGGGAGGAGCAGGAGCGGGAGUGAGGAGGAGUUGAAUGCCAGUGUGAGGACCGAGGAGAGCUCGGAGGAGCGCGGCAUGCAGAUUGUCGUCAGCACGAGCUUCAUGGUGUCGGAGAAGAAGUGA